ACAUCCCAUGUGAAAGCGUAUUUAGGUUUCGAAGGACGUAGUUUAGCAACUCCUUUGCAAAAUCUGGAAAUGUGCUCUCGUCUGCUCCAAUCUUGUUGUCCGAAAUCAAGGAAAGUGCCGAUCUAUCUGAAUGGACAGUCCCAUAACUUAUUCCAUCCUUGUAUCUGUCCGUUAAGAAACGUAAAACAGAAUUCUUAUUUGAUUUGUAUGCAUCGAAGUCAUGGCAUUCGUAGAAUUUAAACCAUUUAUUGUAGACCACAUUGUACUGCACUGAUGUUGACUUGGAGACCGAGGCUGCCAUAAUAUCCGCCGCUUCCAGAAAAAUGCCAUUCAUAAUGUAAGCUGUCCUGAUAUUUUUGCGGCUAUCAUAGACAGAGUUGUCGCUCUUGGAUGAGGAAUCGUCCUACAAGGCGACAAUAACAGAUCAGGUCUAGGUUUGAAAACAAUUUUCUCCUCUUCUCAGAAGGGGAACUACAUUGCAAUAUCUUCGUACUAGAUGGAAUGUAAUUGAAGGUUAUGAUACGUUUGUUCCGGGAGUAAGUGUAUUCGUUUGGGUCAUGCGAGGAAUAGUAGUAACUUUCUGUUGUUGGCACUAUCAAAAUUUUUAGCGAUUUGUACGCGUUUGUAUCUCGUACACGCGCGUAUGCGCAUAUGUGGCGAGGGCCUGAACUUGAACUAUGGCUCUGGAUGUGAAGCACUUAAAUUCCGAAAAGAAAUUUAAUCGGCUUCCAGAAGACAUCAGACCUUCACAUUAUGAAAUUUCUAUUUCUCCAGAUUUGAACAGUUUCACAUUCAGUGGUAAACAAGAUGUUUUUGUAAAUGUUGUAAAAUCAACGAAAACAGUGGUUUUAAACUCAGUCGACAUAAAUAUAAAGACUGUAUUUUUUAGUGAUAAUUCUUCACACAUUUUACAGUCUCAGAAUAUAACAUAUGAUGUUUCAGAAGAGAAAGUUAUAAUUACUUUUGACAAUGAAAUUUCAGAAGGUAAACAUGGAUAUUUACAUUUUGAGUUUGAUGGAAUAAUUAAUGAAAAGUUGAAUGGACUUUAUCGCAGUAAAUAUUUAAGUGAUCAAUUUGUUAAAUAUGCAGCAGUUACACAGUUUGCUCCAAUCGAUGCACGGAGGUGUUUUCCUUGUUGGGAUGAGCCAGCAAUUAAAGCAACUUUUAGCAUAUCUUUAACAAUUGCAGAAGGUUAUAAUGCCAUUUCUAAUAUGCCUGUAAAAUCAAUUAGUAAACAUGAAUCUAAUUUAGUAUCAAUAAGUUUUGAAAAAACACCGAUAAUGUCAACUUACUUAGUCGCGUUUAUAGUUUUUGAUUACCAUUUUGUUGAAAAACACAGUAAUAAGACUAUUCGCGUUUACGCUCCUAAAGAUAAAAUAGAACAAUGCAAAUUUAGUCUUGACAUUGCUACCAAGUCAUUAACCUUUUACGAAUCCUAUUUUGGUAUUUCAUAUCCACUUACAAAAUUAGAUUUGGUAACAGUAGCUGACUUUAGUUUUGGAGCAAUGGAGAAUUGGGGACUGAUUACAUAUAGAGAAGCUAUACUACUGGUUGAUCCUAAAAAUAGUUCUGCAUUAAAAAAACAACAAGCUGCUUUAACUAUUGCUCAUGAAGUAGCUCAUCAGUGGUUUGGAAAUUUGGUAACUAUGGAAUGGUGGACUCAUUUAUGGCUAAAUGAAGGGUAUGCUUCUUUCAUGGAAUAUUUGUGCAUAGAUAAUCUUUUCCCAGAGUAUGAUAUCUGGAGUGAAUUUUUAAUUGGUACUUAUAUAAAAGCUUUAGAACUUGAUGCCUUAGCAAAUACUCAUCCAAUUGAAGUUCCCAUUGAAAAUCCUUCAGAAAUAAAUGAGAUAUUUGAUACAAUUUCAUACAACAAAGGAGCAAGUGUGAUAAGAAUGAUUUAUAAUUAUAUUGGAGAUAAUGAUUUUCGAAAAGGAAUGCACAUAUAUCUUGAAAAACAUUCGUAUGGAAAUGUAAAAACUGAAGAUUUAUGGUCUGCAUUAGGACAAGCUAGUAAUAAGCCUAUUGAUAAAAUAAUGAUAACUUGGACAAAAACAGCAGGUUUUCCACUUGUUUCUGUGAUUGAAAAAAAGUCAAAUAACUCAGAGAACCGAAUAUUCUCAUUUUCUCAAGAAAGAUUUUCUAGAAAUGGUUCAGUAUGCCAAGAUGAUAGUAAUUGGAAUAUCCCAAUAACAAUAAGUAGUGGAUCAGAUUCAAAAAAAGUUUUGGACUUAGUACUUUUAGAUAAAAAAAAUAAAGAUAUAGAAAUUAAAAAUAUUUCAAAAGAAACAUGGAUUAAAGUUAAUGUAGAAACUGUCGGUUUUUUCAGAGUAUUGUAUCAUGAAAAUUUGUUAAAAAUCUUAAUACCUGCACUACAGAAUCAAAGUCUAUCAGCUUAUGAUCGUUUUGGAUUAUUAGAUGAUCUAUUUGCUACAUCUCAAGCUGGGAAAACAUCAACUGUUGUAUUUUUAAAUCUUUUAAAAGAGUUCAAAAAUGAAAGUAAUUACAUAGUUUGGUACUGCAUUGUUAAUAAUUUACAAAAAGUAGAUAACAUUUUAUCACACCUUGAAAAUAUUAAUGGUAAAUUCAAAGCGUUUGGGAAAAAUAUUUUAUUUAAUAUCUUUUCUAAAGUUGGAUGGCAAGAAGCACAAAAUGAAACUCAUUUAGACUCACUAUUAAGAAUUUUAGUUUUAUCUCAAAUGGCUAGUUUCAAAGAUGAAAGUGUUAUUCUUGAAGCGCAGCGUCGUUUCCAAAUGCAUAUUACGAAACAGGCCAGUAUAUCUCCCGAUUUUCGUAGCUUUAUUUACCAUGCAGUAAUGUCUGCGGGUAAUUUAGAUACAUUUGAGAAAAUGUUAACUCUUUAUAGAGAAACCGAAAUGCACGAGGAGCGAAAUCGUAUUUUAAGUUCUCUUGGUGCUAUAAAAGAUAUAAAUAUUCUUAAAAAAGUACUUGAUUUUUCCACAAGCAACGAAGUUCGACCACAAGAUGUACCUCGAGUUCUUAGGUCUGUGUCAACCAAUCCUUGUGGCAGAAUACUCGCAUGGGAGUAUUUUAAAAAUAAUUGGAAAACAUUCGUGGCACGAUAUCAAAGUGGAAUUUUACUCAUAACUAUAGUGAAAGAAGUAACACAGAAUAUAAUGACAAAAGAAACGAUAAAAGAUAUAACAGAGUUUUUCGAAAAUAAUCCGAUAGUUGGAAUUGAAAGAACAGUUCAGCAAAGUAUUGAAACUAUUAAAUUAAAUAUUGCUUGGUUAAAUAGGGAUAAAGAUUUGAUAGAUAAUUUUUUAAAUGAAAAUGAUUAA